AAAAUGAACCGUAUGAUGAGUACUGAUACUUUGGCUUCCCAAGCUGAAGAGUUUUCCGCUGAUGACUUGCCAGAAGUUAACUGGGAAUCAUACCAAGAAGCUGGUAUCUUGACGCCUUUAGAAAGACAACGUAUAGAAGCUAUCAGUGCUCAAAAAAGGGAUGUUAAACAAAUAAUUGAUAUUGUUAAACAAACUGGUACCAUUGAAUACAUCUAUCUUUUCAUCAAACUCCUUAACGGUGUCCACAAAAACGAAGCUUUGAUUAACAUUUUGUAUUUGAUUGACUUGCUCUUUGAAAAUUGCCCAGAAUUGUGCCAACAAUUCCACGAUGUCGAUCAAAAUGACAAUAGUAAUCAAAAUAAUCCUUUCACUCCAUUCCUCUCAUUGUUCAUCAAAAACGAUAUUUUCAUCAUGGAAAAGGCUUUUAAUUGCUUGAGCAGAUUGUUCGAAUUGGAUGUCGAUAAUGAAAGUAGAACUAGUUUGUGGAAUGCACCAGAGGACCAAGAAAUGUAUAGACAAUUACAACAACUCGAAAGAAAUAAUCGUACAAGAUCAACCCAAUAUAGAUAUCAAUCACAACUUGAAAGCUUUAUUGAAGGAAUUUCUAACCAACUUAAGAGUUCUGGAGAUGAUGUCAGAAAGUCAAGAAUGUGUGUUAAAGCCUUAAUGAGACUUUUGAAGCGUAAUGAUUGUCGUGCUGUUUUGAACAAGGUCAAGGGUAUUGCACCAUUGGUUAAUUUACUUCGUGUCCAUCGUAAUAAUGUCCAAAUUUUGUAUGAAGUUUCUGCUUGUUUAUGGAUGCUUACUUUCCACGAAAAUGCUGUCAGCUUUUUCCAAAAUGAAUCUUUGGUUCCAAAGUUACACGAUGUUUUAAAGUGUGCUCAAAAGGAAAAGGUUAUUAGAGUUAUUUUGUUUAUUUUCAAGAACUUGAUGAAGUAUCCAAAGUUUGUUACUGCUAUGGUUAACGUUAGCGUUCCAAAGACUUUGUUGAAUUUACAAAAGCGUUCAUUCGAAGAUAAGGAUAUUACUGAGGAACUCAAGAGUCUCUCUGAAAAUCUUGAUGCACACAUUGAUGAAAUCAGCUCCUUCGAUGAUUAUAGACAAGAAGUUUUGAGUGGACAUUUGGAAUGGACUCCAGUUCACAGCUCUGAAAAGUUUUGGAAAGAAAAUAUGGAUAAGAUGGAACAAAAUAAUUUUUACAUUCUUCGUGAAUUGAUUAAAUUGUUGGAUGAUGAAUCAAACACAGACAAUUUGGCCAUUGGUUGUCACGAUAUUGGUGAAUUUGUUCGUUAUCACAACCGUGGUAAACGUGUCGUCACUGAUUUGGGUGCUAAGGCUCGUAUUCUCCAAUUGAUGGAACAUCCAAAUGAUGAAGUUAAGAAGUAUGCUCUCGAAUGUUGUCAAAAGAUUAUGAUUAAGAACUAUGAUCUGAUUCGUUAAAUCUAUUUUUCCAAAAUAAAAUCCUGUAUUAAUUAUUUAUCUG